UAGUCUAUAACAAAGGCAACAACAAAUAAAAACUUAUCUAUACAUCCAGACGUCUCUCUCGGUCUCCUGAUCAAAACCGUUUACCAGCCUCUACCAACGUAAUUACAACCUCCUCACUCACAACGAAUCAAAUUACUCCACGUGUAAAACUUUUCCCGCCAAGAUCAAAACGAAACCAUAUCCACUGUAAUAAUAACAGAAACAAACUUCAAUUUCAGAUCAACGAUGGCGUCCCUCACCGGCACCAUCACCACACUGUUAACAUUCUCUCUCCUCCUUUCUUUCUCAUCCUCCCACCCUUCCUCAACCAUUCUCGACGCCGCCGAAAUCCUCUCCACCUCUGGUUUUGAAGCCAUGGCUCUCAACCUCGAACUCGCUUCCCAAACUCUCCUUGCUCGCCGCCAAUCUCGUUCCCUAACCGUUUUCUCUCCAACUAACUUCGCCUUCAACCAAAUCCCUCAACUACCUCUCUCUCUCCUCCGUUACCAUCUCCUCCCUCACGCUUUCUCUCUUCAUAGCCUCCGAUCUCUCCCUUUCGGUGCCAACAUCGCCACUCUCCUCCCCGGUCACUCCCUCACCGUCACAACAAACUCUAACCGUAAACUAUCCAUCAACAACGUUACUGUUAAUCCUACUCCUUUACUCGACGACGGUUAUCUCGUUAUUUUCCAAACCGAAAGCUUCUUCGAUCCUUAUUUUCAACUUCCUCGUCCUUCCUCCGGCGCUUGUUUUAGAAACAGCGGCGGAGGAGGUGGCGGCGGCGGGAAACGGCUAAUCUCUGAUGCAUCGACGUUUUCUUUCAAGGAAGCUAGUUCUGCUUUGAGAUCGAAAGGCUGUUCUAUUAUGGCGUCAUUUCUCGAAAUGCAAUUUCUAGGUCUUAAAGAACGUCCUGAUCAGGUGACGGUGUUUGCGCCGAUUGAUGAAGCUUUGAUGAGCCAAAUCGGAAACGUGACCGAUCAUUCCGUUAUUCUUCGCCGGCACCUUGUUCCUUGUAAGAUCAUGUGGAGUGAUUUGGUUAAUUUGCAAGAAGGAACGUUGAUUUGGACUUAUCAGAGAGGAUUCACGGUGAAUGUUACUAAAUCUAGCACUAACAGUGACUUGUUUUUGCUUAACAAUGGAGUUCCGGUUGUUUUUCCUGAUUUGUAUAGCAGUGAUUGGCUUGUCGUUCAUGGACUCGGAGAUAUUCUUUUGGAUCCUAAGGGAAUAGAAGUUUCGGUUCAGGAAGAUGCAGAAUCUUCUUCAUUGGAGUUUAAUCACCAUCACAUUCAUCAUGGUGAUCAUCAUCAUUAUGGUGCGCACAACCCAGCAGAACAUUCUCACUUCUCCGUUUUUCAUUAGUGUAGUUAUCUCACCGGCCACAGCUCACAAAAGAAUGUACCUGUUCUUACCACCAAUGAUGGGAAAAGAAAGAGGGAUUAAAUAAAGAAUGACGUCGAGAAAUGGUGGCUUUGGUUGUGUAAUAUAUCACAAAGAACGAGCUAUUCUUCACAAGAAUGCCCUUUCUACUAAUCAGCUUAUUGUAAGAAACAAUAUCACAAGAGUUAAUACUUAUAACGAUGAUGACUCCAAGUCUUAACUAGAAUUGUAAAUUAGAUUUUACAUAUGUGCUAAAGAUCCCUCUGUUAAACAGACAUCUCAAAAUUGCGGCACAUAGUUUAAAGAAAACUUACCUACAAAUAAUAAUAUAGUAUAUGAUGAAUAUGACUUCGUAGUAUAGACUUUUCUCUCAACAUUUGAGUUUCACUUCCUUCAUACAACUAGCACAAUAUUUUUACUAUUUAGAUAGAAGUUGUAUAUCCUUAAAGAUGUAGCACAAUAAUAUAAGCUGAGACGCCAAAGGAGUAUUAAGAAAGAGAUCCAAAGUUUAAUUCUUGCAGCUAACAAAUUCUCUCUUAUCCCAACAAAUUAACCACUAACAUUUUCCUAUCCAAAAAAAUAUAGUUGUAUUUCUGAUACAAAAUUUCUAGUAGUAUUUUGAUAAAUAUUUGUUAUUGGCUUAACCAAGUGAGAUAUUUUGAGUUCAAAUUGUACCGCCAGUAAAACAGCCAGACAAACAAAAACAUUUUAAUUAGUAGAACCAAUUCAGACUUAAUAAUGAAGAUGGAAAAUAUGUGAUUAUAAGGUAAAUGUGAAUUGUUCAUUACUUCAACUUACCACAUUACUUAAAAAUAGAUAAGGCAUUAGAAAGAAAAAAGUUUGAAGGAAAAAAGAAAACAAAAACAAAGACAGGCACAGAUCUUCUGGCUUCGGUUGGAUAAUUAAGAGGG